UGCCGCCACCAUGUUGGAUCAGGAAGUGAGCAGAGUCGGAGCAGGAAUCCCGAGCCGAGUUUAACGUCAACGGUCGUUUUUAUUCGAUCGGUCCACCGUUUCACCGUUCUCACCUUUAACAUCCAGGUUUCAUGCUGCGUGGCCUUUUGGCUGGUCGAGGUCGGCGCUUCUCUUCGGAUUUGAUCGUUUUGCAGUACCAGCUAUGGCAUCUCUAACGCAGAGAACCUCGGGCCUCGUCCAGCGGAGGACCGAGGCCACUCGCAGCGCCGCCGUCGACAAGGAGAGGGAGUCCGGCGGGGAGGAGGACGAGGCGCGCCGCGGGGAGGAGGAGGACGACGACAAGGGGGACUCGAAGGAAACCAGGCUCACACUGAUGGAGGAAGUGUUGCUCCUGGGCCUCAAGGAUCGAGAGGGCUACACGUCUUUCUGGAACGAUUGUAUUUCUUCUGGUCUUCGCGGGUGUAUGCUGGUCGAGCUGGCCCUCAGAGGGAGGCUACAGCUGGAGGCCUGCGGGGUGAGGAGGAAAAGCCUGCUCUCAAGAAAGGUGAUAUGCAAGUCAGACGCCCCGACGGGAGAUGUGCUACUGGAUGAGGCCUUGAAGCACAUAAAAGAAACCCAGCCUCCGGAGACUGUCCAGAGUUGGAUAGAGUUGCUUAGUGGAGAGACUUGGAAUCCCCUGAAGCUGCACUACCAGCUGAGAAAUGUUAGAGAACGUCUGGCAAAAAACCUGGUAGAGAAAGGUGUCCUCACAACAGAGAAACAGAACUUCCUGCUUUUUGACAUGACCACACAUCCGCUCACCAACAGUACCAUUAAACAGGUAGGGUGUGGGGAUGUUCAGUGAUUCUGUGUUGUGCAAGUCAAAGGUGAUUAAGCUU